GGUUUGUAGUCAUGUCGGGCCGAUCAAAUUAAUCCGAAGGAAGAAGUGUCAGUGGCAAUUGUCCUCGUCACCCCGUGUGUCAGCGUCGCAUCAAUAUUAUCCAAUGUACGUGACACUGACACCACCGUUGACACGAUCGACCACCCUCUUGCCCAAGCUAAGCUAAGCUAUGAAAUAAACCCAUCUGCACUUUCACAUGGCUUUCCAAGCGUACUUCAUUUGUAGUACCCAACAGAUCGAGAGCUCCGGUGCCAUGUCAGGGAACCCAGUGGCCGGCGCGCCGGCGACGGGUGCCACCGAUCAGUAUGCGCCGCAGGCCAGCUACAACUUCAGCGCUCGUCUGGCGCUCACCGUGUCUUUGGUCCUCCUGAUGAUCACCGUCGUCGUCAUCGUCAUCCCUCUCAUGGUAUACCUGAUGAUCACCCGGUCACGCAGAGGCGGCGGCCACGGCCUCGCAGGCGGCAUCCUCCGGUCCGUUGGCAUGAUCAGCAGCCGGCGGCACGGGUUGGACGCGUCCGCGCUCUCGGCGCUGCCGGUCACCGCGUACCGGAAGGAGAGCGGCGCAGCGCCGAGGGCUGAGUGCGCCGUGUGCCUGGCCGAGCUCGCCGACGGGGACGAGGCGCGCGAGCUGCCCAACUGCGGGCACCUGUUCCACUUGGAGUGCGUCGACGCCUGGUUGCGUACCAGGACGACGUGCCCUCUCUGCCGGGCCGGGGCGGAGGUGCCCGGCGACGACGAGAAGGCACAGUCGUCAUCGGCGGUGGCGGCCACGGAGCCGGCGGCGCCGCUUGGUGCAGCUGGAGGAAGCUUGCUGUUCCUGACCGUGCGUGGUGGUUCUCCGUGUACCGAGAAAGACGCGCGGGUGUCAACCUCCGGAUCUCCCUGCUAGGAAUAAUCAGAUACUCCAUUAGGGCGGAGUAGGAUAUCAUCAACAAUCCUAAAUAUGUGAAAACAACGUCGAACCCCUUGUCUCUGCAUCCCGUCAACUCUAUCUCUGUAACUUACUUGCAAGUUAUCAGUUUUUUGCUACGUACUACUCUUUAAAACUUGAUUCUUAAGUUGUUCAGUA